GCAGGGCUGUGAUUGGUCCGUCGCGGUGGGUGUUUCCGCAUUCCGCGCAGAGCUGUCGGCAGAAGUCGGAGCGAGGACCGUCGCGUGAAGAAAGCCUCCUCCAGUGAUUCCCAGAGGAAUAGCGGUCCAUCGCCCGGAAGCAGACAUGCCUUACAUGUUCAUCAGUACGCAGAUCAGACUGGAGACUGGUCCAACUAACGUGGGGGAUGAAUAUUCGGAUCCAGCUCUCAUGAACUACCUGGGAGCAAGGAAAACGACCAUGCUGGGAAACAAUUUUGCCGAGUACCAGGUGGACGACCCGCCUCGCCUGGUGUUGGACAAACUGGAGAAGAUGGGGUUCCGCGUGCAGGCCAUGACGGGGGUGGGACAGACGCUGGUGUGGUGCCUGCUCAAGGAGACGGAGUGAUCGGUCAUGGUGCGAGGGUUGGCUGUAUCAUAAUGCCUCCAGAAGAACAAAUGUGAAGAACUUAUUUUUUUAAACGUUGGCUCUACAUUGAACACAACGACAGCUCAAAAUCUGCCUUAUCUCAGGCGUAAGGUUUCAGAUUACCUUAAAGAGGUGAACAAUUUCCGGGUAAAACUAAACUACAUUCCAGACCUUUUGCCUAUUGUUUGCUGUUUACUACUGGUGAUCAAAUGGGAUUGUUAGGGAGUGAGGGCCAGUUUAAGUGUUUGCUAAAUCAUAUGGCAGUAAAACUUAAUAAAGCAUGUCUCUAAUUUCUGCCUGUACAAAAGACCUCACCCAGUUCUCCCCGUUUUCUGUCCAAUAAAUUAAACCCUACUCCAGAUAGAGAGGAUUAUACUUGCAGCACUGUGUAAAGAUGUUUUUGUAAGUUUAUCAUAUGCUUAUGAUUAAAAUGAUGCAUAUUGAUUGUAAACUUAUGAAUAAAAGAAAACAAUCCUGUUGCAAAGGAUA